AUGAAUCAGAAAAGGAAAAGCGAGACGCAUGAUAAUUCGCCAUUCAAUUGGGACUCCAGCUAUCUCAAAAAAGAUCCAUGUUCCAAUGGUGAGGAAUUACAAUCUGUAAAAUCCCAGGCAUCUCAGGAUAGAGUUCAAGGAAGGCAUUAUUGCCCAGGAACCAUUGACCAAUGCAUCUGCACGCGUCGCCAGGACACAAGGACUGACAAAUGUACUUAUCCAUGUGACACAAUAAUGAACUCUUCUCUGGAGAAGCCUGCAUUUACCACGAAGGGAACAUGUGCUUGCAGUUGCUUGGAAAUUUAA